GUUGUUUUCUUCCUGCGGACGCGCCGCCGGGACCCAACCGCCCCGGCGCCCGGCCCUCAGCGCCUCGGAGCCCGGCGGGCGGCGCAGCAUGGCGGCCCUGGGGGCGGGCGGAGCCGCGGGCACCGGAGAUGACGACUUCGACCAGUUUGACAAGCCCGGCGCUGAGCGGUCCUGGAGGAGAAGGGCCGCCGACGAGGACUGGGACAGUGAGCUGGAGGAUGACUUGCUCGGGGAGGAUCUGCUGUCUGGCAAAAAGAACCAGUCGGACUUGUCAGACGAAGAGCUCAACGAUGAUCUUCUGCAGAGUGAUAACGAAGAUGAGAAUUUCAGUGCCCAGGGCGUCACCCUCGGCCUCAACGCCUCGGCCACCAUGGUCACGUCCUUCCAACUGUCCGACACCAAGGACCCAUCUGCGGAGCCGGAGUCUGAGUACGAGCAGGGGGAGGAGGAGGCGGGCUAUAAGGCGGCCGGCCCGGAGCUGUACAGCCGGGCGUACCCUGAGGAGGGGCCCUAUGGAGGCCCCGAGGCCGAGCUGCCUGAGGACCCAGAGUACGUCGGGGAGCCCGAGGAGCCGCCCUACAGCGACGAGGUGCUGGACAUCGAGGUCAGCGAGCCUCUGGACGAGUUCGCAGGGGCUGUUGACGCUCUGGAGCUGCAGAAGGAGGUGAAGGACGAGUCUGAUGAGGAAGACGAUGAGGACGAGGAGUCCGGCCGGUUACGGUUCAAAACGGAGAGGAAAGAGGGCACGAUCAUCAGGCUCUCGGAUGUGACGAGGGAGAGAAGGAACAUUCCAGAAACUUUGGAGCUGUCGGCGGAGGCCAAGGCCGCACUGCUGGAGUUCGAGGAGCGUGAGCGGCUGCACAAGCAGGGCCGCUACUCGCGGCGGGGAGGUCGCCGAGGAGGCCUGGUGGGCCGCGGUGCAGGGGACCAGCGGCGGGACGCCGGCGAGCGGGGACGUCCGAAGGAGCACAGGCCCGCCCUGCUGCCCACGCAACCGCCCAUGACACACUCUCCGCGGCUCAUGCCUCCCCCGCAGCCCCCGCAGCCCCCGCCGCCCCCGCAGCAGCCCAUCCGCAGCCUGUUCCAGCAGCCGCCACCGCAGCCGCUGCUGCCCCCGCACCACCCCGCGCCUCCCCAGGGCCUGCACAUGCCACCACCACUGGACGCCACCCGGGUGAUGCUGACCCCGCCGCCCGGCACCCCGCAGCAGCCCAAGAACAUCCACAUCAACCCCCACUUCAAAGGGGCUGUGGUGGCGCCUGUGCAAGUGCCCUUGCUGCCCGUGCCGAGCCAGCCGAGAGCCGCCGUGGGACCCCAGAGAUUCCCCGGCCCUCCGGAGUUCCCGCAGCACAGCCCCGGACCCGUCCCCAACGCUUUCAGCCAGCCUCCGAGACUCCCCCUGCAGGACCAGUGGAGGGCCCCGCCGCCCCAGCCCCAGCCCCCGGAGCGAGACCCUUUCUUCCUGGGAGGUGACCCAAGGUUCCCGGGUCCUCUCUUCCUGGAGCAGCGAAGCCCCCCACCGCCGCCACCGCCGCCACCACCGCCCACGCUGCUGAGCGGGAGCCACCCCGCGCUCGCCCCUGCACCCCUACCGUUUGGCCAGCCCGCCCCGGCGUUCGGCCAGCAGGGCCAGCAGCCCUUGUUCCCCCGGGAGCGUCCGGUGCGGCCCGCCCUGCAUCCGCCGGGGCCCAUGGGGAUCCUGCACUUCGGCCAACCGGGCUCUGCCGCUGCCUCACGGCCCUUCAUCCCCCCACGGCAGCCCUUUCUGCCCGGCCCCGGCCAGCCCUUCCUGCCCGCACACGCCCAGCCCGGCCUGCAGGGGCCACUGCACCCCCCGCUGCCCCCUCCCCACCAGCCGCAGCCGCCGCUCCAGCCUCAGCACCCGCCGCCACAGCCGCCACCCCAGCCCCAGCACCCGCCGCUGCAGCACCAGCACCAGCAACCCCCGCAGCACCACCUGGCGGUGCCACCCCCACCGCUGCUGCCCAUGGCCCAGCCGCCCUUCCGGCCCCACCUGCAGGCCGCCCCGCCCCAGCCCGGCAGCCGGAUGCAGGGCCCCCAGCGGCAGGGCCCAAGGCAUAAUUCCUCUCCUCAGAACGCAGGCAAGCGGCCCCUGCAGCAGAUGCCGCCCGCGGCCCCCAGAAACAGCAACCUGCGCGAGCUCCCCAUCGCCCCGGCACACGCACUGGACACGAGCAGUGGCCGCCGCCCCUCCACGCCCGUGCUCAGCACGUCACCUACCUCCAGACCUGGGCCGGGAGCCCGGAGCGGCAGCCAAGGCAAGGCUGAGGCCAGAGGCAAGGCCGGGAGCCCAGCGGGCCUGGCCAAGGAGGAGGCCAGAGCAGAGCCGGAGCUGCCCGAGGAGGACGAGGAGACGCGGUUGUAUCGCCUCAAGAUCGAGGAGCAGAAGCGGCUGCGUCAGGAGAUCCUGAGGCAGAAGGAGCUGCGGCGCCAGCAGCAGGCCGGGGCGCGCAAGCGGGAGCUGCUGGAGAGACUGGCCGCCCAGCAGCAGCAGCAGCAGCAGCAGCAGCUCUGCCCCCUGCCCGCCCAGCCGCAGGAGCCCGUGCCUGCCGCCGUCCCCACGCCAGGCCCCACGCCCGCCAACGGGGGCCCGCUGCUGCCCCUGCCCGCCGCCCCCGCCAGACCCACCGUCAAGAGCCGACUGCUGGUGAAGGGCCCGGAGGCCUCACCGCCCCGUGCCCCGCCCCGUGCCUCGGCCUGUGCCACUCCUGGAGUGCCGGCGCCCUGCCAGGGCCAGUCUGGGAGGCCUGUGAAGCACCUGCGGCCGCCCAGGCCCGCGCCCCCCAGCUCUACACAGCACGGGGCCCUGUCGGCCGCACCCGCCGACGCCCAGGGACCACCACCCCCUGUACAGACUGCCCGAGGGGCUCCCCUUCAGGGCCGGGCCCCCGACGCCAAGCUGGGCACCAAAAGGACUGUCAUGCACCGGGCAAACAGCGGCGGCGGUGAUGGGCCUCACGUCGGCUCCAAAGUCAGGGUGAUCAAGCUGUCCGGAGGGGGCGGUGAGAGUGACGGCUUCUUCCACCCCGAGGCCCAGCCCCAGCGGCUGCCCCAGGCCCCUGACCCCAGAGACACGAGAGACGGGAGACAGCAGCCGGUCCGAAAGGUGACGCUGACCAAGGGCCCGUCCCAGCAGCCCCAGCGCCUGCCGGCGGGGCUCCCCAUUCACCCCGGCACCCCCUUGGGCCUGAAGGGCACCCAGGGCUUUCACCCCGCCAAGAAGGUCCUCGCGCACGGCCGUGGCCGGGGCCGCCCGCCACCCAGCAAAGCCAACCUGCGUGUGGUGGAGUGCAAGCCGCAGUCCUGCGUGGUGUCCUUGGAUGGGCUGUCGCUGUCCACCACCGACGCGCAGCUCAAGAGCCUGCUCACCUCCGUGGGGCCCAUCCAGAGUCUGCAGAUGCUCCCUCAGCAGCGGAAGGCCAUCGCCAAGUUCAAGGAGCCGGCCCACGCCCUGGCCUUCCAGCAGAGAUACCACAGGCACAUGAUCGACUUGUCUCACAUCAACGUGGCUCUGAUCGUGGAGUGACGCGCAGGGGACGGCCGACCGCUCAGUGACCGCCCUUGGGCUGCGUGCCAUGACCGCCGGGCCGCGCCGGGCUCUGACUGGAGGGGGGACUGGGCCGCUCCAGCGGCAGCGUGGGGAGAGGGCUGGGGUGACGGCACCACGCCACGGGGCUGGUGUGUUUCCUCUGUCCCGUGACGCAUGUCGUUGUCCCCCUGGGGGCAAGAGCCGAUGGGACCGGUGCGGGCUGCGCCCUCGCGCACUGAACACGUGAUAAUGGUUGUGCUGAUCUUCGGGCCGGGAGGGGUGCCCUGGCCCUCGUGGCCCCCAGCCUGCUCGCACCCAGGCUCCCUUGGGACCUAGUUCAGGUGCCGGGCGGGCUCUGUCCUGGGGCGGGUCCCCCCUCAGAAGCAGCUCCGCACCCCACCUGCCCACGGGCCUCCUUUCUUUGCGCGCGGCCGCUGGGGCUCGCAGCUACGGCCCGUCUCCUGCUGGCGUGGGCGUGAGGUCCGCUAGCUGGCAGCCCACCCCCAGCGCUAGGGACUCUGGGGAGCCCCUUCCGCUGAGCCAGCUACCCCCGAGUAGCGGCCGCCGGAUUCCGAACAAGUGCCUUACUGCCGCACCAGAGACAGAGACAGAGAGACAGAGACUCUCAGGGUUGUCCUUAUGUGGGCCUGUACCAGCUAGGUGAGGGUGGUGAGGGCGUGCUCAGGCCUUUGAAUCCCAUCACCUCUGAGCUCUGCCCCGUGGGAUCAGUGACGAAGGGCUGAGCCCGGGAGUGUCCCGACCCCCAGGCGUCCGGGAGCCCCGUGUCUGUGGCCACGUCCCUGUGCGCACACAGAGCCAGAGCCGGUCACCGAGGACGGUCACUGUAGGCGCCGCCCGUCAGAGCGGCCGGGUGUGUCUGUCCCCAGGAGCUCAUCCCGCAUGCCGGUCUGUCCUGUCCCCGUAGCAGCGCUGUCCCACGCAGAACCCUCCCCAUAGGUCCAGGCCGCGCCCGACCCCACGCGGUAACCGGGCCGGUUCCCGAGGGCAGGGCAGGGCAGGAGGGCAGGAGUCGGGCCGUCCGGGGCCUCGAGCGAGGCCGGGCCCCCUCAGCCGAGCCGGGGAAGACCUGCAACCAUUAUCCGUGUUCCCCGCGGGAGCGCACUGCGCACUCUGUACAUAGGCCCAGGAAUGGAACCCCGCGGCGGCGGGUCCCGCCCGCCAGCUCGGCUGCCCGCUAGCCCCUCGCAUUCCUGCAGAGUUGGCGGACGCCGCCCGUCCACCCACCCCUCCAUCAGUCCGUCCGUCCGUCCGCACUUGCCGGCGUAUUGUGUGUACCUUGGAUUUUUAUAAAGAUGGUAGUGAGUCAACACGUGGGUCCCGCCCUGUUUCUUUGUCCCCAGCUGAGCCCCUUUGGCCAGCGAGGAAGACGAGGCUGAGGGCCGGGCCUCACCCCACCCACCGCUGUCCCGCCCCGACUGUACUGUAAGCUCCCCUGAUGCUGCGCCUGCCCGAGAAGGUCCCCAGCAAUGUCAAGGGGCGGGCGCGCAGAACCUCUGUCCCUGUCCCCGUCCCCGUGGUGCUGUGGGUGUCGCUCCCGGCGCUGGGUGCUAUGGUAGCGCCCCGCCAGCUGCUCCCUGUAGCCCAGGGCCAGGCGGGCGGGCACCUGCGGGGCCUCCGGCAGAGCCUCCCGGGACACUGCUGAGACCCUGCCGCGCUCCUCUUUCCCUUUGCCCUCGGCUCCCGGUCUUGCUGUGUUCUGCUCCCCUCUAUCCGAGCGAAAGGUAAGCGGUGUGGGUGCUGGGGCUGCAGCGGGCAGCGCGCUGGUCAGACUCGGGGGGCCUCCGCCUCGCCUCCAAACCCCCAUUCUCUCCCCUCCCUCCCCGGCGGGCCUUGUGCUGGCGUCUGAGCCCACUGAGACCCCGACUCCCCCAGGAGGACAGGACCACCCCCCAGCCCCCCCCCCCCCCCCGUUUAUCUGGAUGGAGAGGGAGGGAGAUGCCACUAGGACUGUGGCCAGUCAGGUGACGGACGGCCCUGGGGGGUGGGCGUUGACUGCUGGCAGGACGUGGGGAGGACGGAAGCUGACCGCAGCCCCCGGGAGUCACACCCGUGCGGGAACCUGGAGGUCCGCUCUUCCCGAGGAGCCCCCGGUGGGCGUUCUUUAGCCUGGCCUUUCACGAGGCCCCGAGCAGCCGCUAUUAUAUCCUAAGGAUUUCCCGUAAGGUCUUUCUGCGACCUGACCGACCCUGUGGCCUUGAGGGCCACGCGUCACGGGCUCGAAGCGAGCCCCACAACCCUGAUUCAUAUUGGAUCCGGCACGUAGCCGCGUAUGCGGCCAACCCGGUGGACGGGAGACACGGGCGCUUCUGCUGCCGAGUUGCUCUUGCUCUCGAGGACUGGCUUUCUGUCUGCUGACUGAGUUGACACCUGUGGAGACGCCUGGGCCUCUGGGGGGCGCGGGUGGGCGGGCGGGCGGGCGGGCGGAGGGGCGCUUGUCUGGUAGGCGGGUGACCCGGUGGGUCCCUCUCUCCUCCUCCUCAGGAACUCGCGGGAGCCGCUGCCGCUGUGCUGUGGGAGCCGCUGCUCCGGCCUAGCUGACCCGUCCUUCUCCCCACAGGCCUGGCCUCCGCCUCCGCGCUGAGCCCCCUCGCACGGCCCCUUCCGCUUCCUUUGCAGGCGCAGCAGUGCCCGGUGCCCACCCUCCUCUAACCUUUGCCUCCACAGCACCCGCCCUCCCCUCCCCAGGUCCCAGGAGAAGGAGCAGCUUCCAGGGCAGCGGCAGCGGGCGGGCGGGCAGGUGUCCGCGGUGAUUAACGCCUCUCUCUCUGCCUCCCUUCUGCAGGCCUCUUGCAUGAGUGAGUGUGGGAGCGGCCGAGGGGACCCUCUGACCCGUGGCCGGCCGGUGGGAGGCGUCGGGCCGGGCGGCACUGACCGCUGGGAGGCAGGCAGUCUGUGCAGAGCUGUGGGGCCGGGCCGGGCCGGGCCGGCGUGUGUGCCGGGCGCCUCUGUGACUGUCCUGUACUGUAACUGCUGUCAAUAAAGGUCUGUCUGUCUCGGCUG